UUUCGCAAGGAUGCCACUGGAACCAGGUGUAUAAUUGAAGUUUAGCUCGCUAUAAACAAAGACUUUAAGAAACGUGUUCAACUUUAUGCUGCUAAGGCUUACUAAGGCAAUUAAAUAAAUCGGUUAAGGCUUGCUCAAUUAGACACUGAUUUAAAGAAAGUUUUCUUUAUUGUAAUUUCCAAUUGUAACUUACUCUCUAAAAAGGUUGAUUGUGUAUCUACUCAUAAUAUACAUGAUACAAAAACCAAUGGCUAUUACUUGAAAGAUUUUCAAUUUAUUUUUAUUGAACUACCUAAAUUGUCUAGGAGUAAAGUAGAGCAAUUAAUAAAUAUAGUAGAGCAUUGACGCUUCUUUUUUAAGAAUGCAGAGGAUACCACUGAAACAGAUGUAAAAGCUAGCAUACGAUGGGUUAGAUGAGUUCCGUUGGAAUGAAGAAGAUAAAAUAGCGUAUGAAGAAAGAGGAAUCUAAUGAAUCUACAGAAAGACAAAGCCAUCCUUGAAUACAGCUACUAAAAAAGGUAGAGGAGAAGGUGUCAAAACCAGCAAAGAGAGAGGCAUCAAAUUGGAGCAGAGAAAGGUAGAGUGAAGAAAGCUAAAAUAGCAGUACCGAAAAAUUCACUUAAGGCAGGUAUGUCUAUAAGU